GUAUUUCUAACAGACACACGUUGGGUUGUUGUUGGACUCACAAAGCUGCUCUGUCCCGUGUUGUCUUGUUGUGAAAUGCACCUAGCAAGCAGCAGCUAGCGAGCUACCAAGCUAGCUGAGGCUAGCCAGCUUGCUAGCUCAUAGCUAAUUUCAAGUUAGCUUGUCAUGAAGGCUAGGUGGCAUUGUGUGUGGUUGGCUGGGCUGGCAGGCUUGUGUUUGUGCUCUUACUGGGUCUCUGUGGGGCUGUAUUGAUAAAUGCAAGCUAAUAACUAGGGAGCCUGCUUGCACAGCUACUGCAUCUGAAAUACUGUGUGGAGGUGCCAUGCAGAAGAGUGCUCAGCCCCCAUGAACAACUUGAAUGACCCACCCAGAUGGAACAUACAGCCAGAGCCCAGAGGAGGGGAGGCGGGGCCCGGUGAUGGGAACCAAUGGAACUACGCCUUGCUGGUCCCCAUGCUGGGACUGGCUGCUUUCCGUUGGAUUUGGACCAGAGAGUCUCAGAGGGAGAUUCAGAAGGCCAAGGCCCAGUAUGAAAAGGACGUGUCCGCAGUUAGAAGUGACAUGGAGGCACGGUACCGAGACACGCUGACAGAAAGGCGCAGGACAGCGGCGAUGCUGGAGCUGGAGCUGGAGAAGGAGAGGCAGAGGGUCAAAGGCUACAAGCAGGCCCUGGUCUCACAGAGCCAGCAGCUGAUGAUGGAGAGGAAACAGCUACAGCAGGAGCGUGAAGCCUUGGAGGAAGAGAGGCGAAGGCAGGUGGAGUCUGGUGCCACAGCGACUGUACUGCAGCAUGCCCUGGAACAAGAGAAGGACUGGCACCAGCGAGCUACAGCCACUCUGAAGGAGCUAGAGCAUCAGCUGGUGGAGCGACAAAACGUCUACUGCUCCGUCCUCCAGCCUCGAGAGCAACGGCUGGAGAUGGAGAAGAACAUGCUGCUUAAGGUUGUCAAAGAACCCAUCGGGGGCGACCUGGAUCUAGAGACAGACCUGAAGGAUAUUUUUAAGAAUGACAGGCAUUGCGCAGACCUACUAAAUAUGGAUAAGAGGAAGAACGGCAGCCUCAUGUGGCUGUAUCUCAAAUACUGGCAGCUGCAGGUCACUGUGCAGAAACACAAGAGAGCUGAGGAAGCCAUUCUAGCAGGGAAAAUGAAGUCUCACACUAAGUGACCUUAGACGAAGACAAAGCUGGUAUUUUUCAUUGACUUUAUCAUAUAUUGAAAAGAUCUAGAUCAGGGAUGGGAAUAGUGUGUUUUAAGUGGCAAAUGGCAAGCCUCUCAUGGAGAUUUUACAGAGGAGCCAGCCAGAUAAUCUCACUUGGAUAUUGCUCAACAUCCCCGAUUUAUGCCAUAUAAUGUUAAAAAGGGAUAAGGAAAGUUUUGUCAGAUUUUGAACGUGCUGAAAUACAAAUACUUUAAUUAAGCCCAAAAGUGGGCUUUUUAGUGUAUAAACAUCAAAUUAACUAUGUGAACUAAUGAUAAGGAAUGCAUAAAGGAUAAUUCAGGUCAUAUCUGUAUUGGAUAUGCAACUAUGGAUGCUCAACUAAAUAUGGAUGUUUGUUUUUUUUGUUCGAUUGGUUAUUUGUUUAUUUUUUCAUCCUGCAUCUUAGGAUUUUUUUUUUUAGGAAUUAUAUGUCAGUUACACUCCAUAUUCAGUGAGUGCCAUGAAUUACUAGGUACCUCUCUCUGGUGCUGUAGUUAUGAAAUUGUUUUACUGAGUGCUCCCAGUAAAUUGAUGUUGCACUUCUCUGUCUUGCAAUACACUGUGGCUAAAAUAGUAUAACUUACGGUGAAAACAUGUAAAAAUCUGUAGUUUUGAGCAAAUCAGCAAUGAAACAAGAGUAUGUCUUCAAGAGCAUCAACACUACAGUUGGAAAAAUCACUGAGGUCUUUGAUAUCCUUGAUAUGUGUUAAUACUUGGCUUCAAUGUACUGAUAGAAUAUUGUGGGGAUGUAUUGUGAUGUUUGUGUGACCCUUUCUGUUUUUGCCAACCCUUCUGUUCAUUAUGUGGACUGGCCUUCCAUUCAUGGUGUCUUUCCUUACAGUCUGGUGUAUUGCCACUUAAGAUGUAUGACAACAAGCCAAUACAGUGGUGCAUCCGAGUCAGAUCACUUGUUUUACCUCACUUGUCUUUUAACAUUGUUCGAUCCUCAGUUGUUUAGCAAGUAAUGCAUGAUUAAAGGAGCUUCACUAGCAUGAGGGAAACACAGGAAUAUUCCAUAGCUGCUGCAUGUGAGUGGACCUGAAUCUGAAUUAAGGGCAUACAGCAGCUCUCCAUAUUACAACCUCCUACCACAUCACCGUACUUACCAGUUUAAAUAAGACUCCUUAAUUAGCACAGCUUUACACCUCUAGUAAGAGGCUUAACUAAACUCAUAGUAUUUUUAUUAGGGUGCCAGGCUUUGCUGAAAUGAGGUUAUGUUUUUAUUUUGAUCGUACUUUAAUGUACAAAUGAAAGAUGGAAUGCCAUAAUUUGAGAUGACACACGACAGACUCUGUACGAGACCGUUCUGUGCAAUCCUCUUAAUAAAUUUCUGGUGUGGGCACUUGA